CUUACCUGUACAUGGGGGCUCCGGUGUCCCAGCCCCGGGCCCCGCUGCAGAGGACCCCCAAGUGCGCGCGGUGCCGGAACCACGGCGUGCUCUCGUGGCUCAAAGGUCACAAGCGCUACUGCCGCUUCAAGGACUGCACGUGCGAGAAGUGCAUCCUCAUCAUCGAGCGGCAGCGCGUCAUGGCGGCGCAGGUGGCGCUCCGCAGGCAGCAGGCCAACGAGAGCCUGGAGAGCCUCAUCCCGGAGUCCCUCAGAGUGCUGCCCGGCAUCGGCAUGUCCGGGGCUGGCGAGGGGACCCAGGGCGCCACGCAGAGGCAGGAGGAGCUGGAGCUGAGGUGGAGCAGCGCGGAGCCGGUGCAGGCCGGGGGAGUGCAGACAUGCGCAAGCACAGGUAAGAAGAGGGAAACAGAUUUAAAGUUUAUCUUUCUGGAAUUUUAUUUUUUAUUUUAGAAAAGGAAAUUUUCGUGAAUGGUGCGAAUAGAGACAUGCUCAUACUGCAAAAUACAUUAAAACAACGUUCAAGCAAGUUAUACUAAAUAUAAUUAAAAAUACAGAUUUCACUUGAGUAUUUUACUGAUGUUUAUUCUGAGUGAAAUCCCACUUACAGAGAGUGAAGUGUAGAAAAUAAACUUGACUAAAGUUUUUGCAUUCAGAAAAUGAAGCUGCAGAUUGAGCAGUUUUUUAAUCAUCUUGUGAUGCUUGCAGACAAACAAAUAUCGUAAUUAUUGGCCAUUAAAACACUAUUUUAAAACUUCGUAUUGAGCCUUUAGCCUCGGGUUCAGGGAAGAAACUCAAGGAUGCAGUAUUCAGAUUUAGUUUGUUUGUGUGAUGUUUACAAUACACAAAACAAACAUAUCAAACCCAAAAUGUAUUUAAUCAUUACCACCUUGGCUAAAGUAAACAAAUGUAUUUCGUCCAUCUUAUCUGCAGUUACAUUUUAUUAAACCUGCACUACAGUUUAUUGUCAGUCACAUUUCUGAAACUGUCAUCUUUCAGUACAUCCGCUUUGUUUGAGCUUUCUUCUCAGAUUAUUUAGAUCAUUCACACCACAAAAACUCUCAAAAUUGAAUACAUGUAAAUGUUCAUUCAGUAUAUUAAUAUGAUGAUUACAAUUUAUAGCCAUAUUCCUGAGUCAUUUUAAUUGACUACAAAUGUAUGCAUUUACUAUAUGAUUAAUUCAUUUCCUGAUAGAAACUCUAAAUAUGAGCUCUUCAUUUAAUCCUUGCUGUGCACAGAAGUUGUUGCAGAUGUGUGUUUACUCUGCAGCAUUCACUUUAUCAUCUCAUUGAGGUGUACACCAUGUUCAUCUGAGAAAAAAAACAGGUUUAAUUUCUCUCUGCAAUAAUCAGUAUAAAAUGUACACAGUGUCUAUAUUUGUUUUAUCAAAAAUCAAACCUAAAAUGUUGUUCUUUUUCACCUUUAACAUAACCUAUCAUAGUUAAACAUUUUGAUUGUCUUGUAGUCAUAAGUUCAUCUAUUUUGCUCCUUGUUGUGAGCUGCUGUAAGAGUGAAUUUUCAUGUUAUUUUGAAUCAUGAGUAAUAAUUAGGCAGCACAGGAUACUUGGAAUAAUUAUUAUUGCUGUAGGACUGAUUGAAGUGAAAUCUUGUCGAACAGCGAGUGUGUGUGUUGUUUCCAAACAGAGUACAAACGUUUAGAGUAAAAUGAAAGUUUCUCUUUUUUUUGGAUGUUUUGUUCAGUUUUAUUCUGCCUACACAUUUUUAAACAUUGACUCUUAAAACACUCACCCUGGUUUGAUUGUUUUUAAUCAGUUCAGACUUAUAUAUUUCCUUUAUCAAUGUUUCAAGUAGAUUAUUUUUAUCCUUGCAGCUGCAUCGUUGUUUUCAUUUUUGGUCAUAUUUGAAUAAGUGGGUUAGUGUAAUGUGGGACACAACGUGGGAAACUAAAGCGUGAGCGCGUUUAUCUACCUCUGAAACAUCAUUAAAAUGAAUUUGUUUGGUAUUAAAUCCAAAUAGGUUUGUCAUGAAAUGAACAUUUGCAUACAUGUUCUACUAUAUUGCACAUGAUUUUAAGUGUAAUGUAAGUUAAACACUGUAAUUUUUGCUUACUUGAUUUUCUGAUUUUGAUUAUCUGAUUUUACAAAAUUCCAGCCAGGACAGCUGCAGAUGAAACAGUCCGUGAUUUCUGACAGCCAUUGACACAAGCAACAGUAACAGCAACAGUAGUAUUAGUAUUAGUAUUACAUAAUUAUAUUUCGCCUUAUAAGAAAACACUUCAGGGAUUGUGUGAUUAUACCACGUGUUAAUAUAAUGAAGGCUAAUUGUUUCAUAUGGAAGUAUAUUUGUCGAAAUCGCAGGGAACGCCCAACAUGAGCCUGAUCCACCAAUAAUGAUGUUUCUAAUUAUAGGCCUAUCUUCAUUCAUGUUAUUCUUGCACAGAAGAAUAAAAACUAUUUCUGCAUUAAGUUGCAAAACAAUUUUUAUUUCUACAGUAUGAGCCCAAAUCAGUUUCUGUAAAAGCCUCCUUUUGCGUAUUUUGUUCGGAUCACUUUUAACCUUUUUAACGCCAAACAGCAAAACAGUGCGAGGCCUAAUGAAGAUUUCUGUUUGCAGUAUUACCUCUACAUUAUCACUUUAACAAUAAACAGAACCAUCUGUUUUAUUUGCAGAAUAAAGCAAGUUUUUGAGAGUUGAGUCCGUUUGUUGUGCGACAUUUAACCUGUAAUGAGACGAUGUCCGGAGUCAUUAUCUCCACAAAACCAAUCAGCUGCCUCCACAUCAGAGCCCUUAAAGAUCCCCGUCAUCAGCUCGAGCUGCAACGAUCGAAUUCAAUCGCCAUAUUUUUUCUGCACGAGGUCAACUUGAGAUGAAAAGUUACCGAGCAACGAGCGAUCUGUUUACACGGUGUGGUCAAAAGGCAUCGACGGGAGAUCCUUCACUGACACGUACACACAUACACACACAAUUAAUGAAACACACACACUGACACGGACACACACGGAGUCAGCAGUUUGUGUUAAGAGCUCUGCACAGGCAAAGAAAUCCACAUCAGUCUGUGAGGUGGAGACAAACUGACAGGAGAUGGAUUGCAUGUUACUUUUCCUCUCUGAAUGGAGGAGUCUGCACUAAAGGCUGUAAUAGAUAGGGGAGAGCGGGGCAAGAUGAGACAUCUUUUAUACUUCGGAUCUCUACAUCAAGGCGAUCCUAGUUUUGUCUCUAACUAGUGUAUCUGCAUAUAUUUCAAGAUGUUGUGAAUCCCUGCAAACCAACAGAAUGAGUGAACAUAACUGUCUUGAUAAUAUAGCAUGACAAAAAUGGUCUCCUAUGGUCAACUAAAUCCUGAGUAUGGGGUAAAUUGACCUUAGGAGCGGGGCAGAGCUGGCCCAAGGCAUAAGCGAACUAAGCGCCGCGUAGGGCCCCGCGACCAGUAGGGGGCCCCCUAGAGCAAUCAAAAAGAUUAUAAUUAAAUAUUUUUUUAUUUUUUACAUGUAUGAGUGAUGCUCUUGCUGUAUGAUCAAAUAUAUAUCAUUGUAAAAACAAAGUUAAAUAAUUCUGGUGCUGCUGCUGAUGUAGGCCUUUGAUUCUUACUGCCAAUAUUUCAAAGCUCCACUAUGUGCCUCCUGCUGUGCAAUAUGCACUGAGCAUCCUGAAUGUGUUACAUUUUGAGAUUAAAAACCAUAUGUGGUCAUCAUUCAUCAGUCAUUCAUUGGUAUUAUUUGUAUAACUGCAUAGGUAUCAUUUAUGUUAUUACCUAUAUGCCACCCCCUUAAAUGUGUAAAGACAUGUCAGGUACAUUAAAUUUAUACUGUAGUAGGUGUGUGAAUGUUCAACAAUCAAUAUUAUUUGCAGAAAUAGAGGGCCCCAAAAUCAAAUUUUGCUUAGGGCCCCAUUGAGGCAUGGGCCCACUCUGGAGCGGGGUUAGUUGGGUCGUAUCCCUACUACCCCCCCACUCUCCACCCAAGCCCUCCCUCACCUUCUCUCUCUAUAAAUAACAUUCACUUCUUCACAUUCAUAUGUAUUUUUUAUCCAUUAUACGCUAUUCAACUGGUACAAUAAUUAUCUUUAUUAUUAUUAUUGCAUAUAACUGCUAAAAAGCUGUUUUGUAAAAAGCCAUUUCAACAUGAGAAUGUCUUUAAGGGAUUUACAACAUUUACAGCUGUAUUUUUGAUAAGAAAAAGUAAAACAUUUUAACAAUCUGAACUGAAACUCUGAUCCUCUCAUCAGACUUCUUGAGCUAGUGGCUCAACUUACCCCAGAACUACUAUGAUGACUUUAUUAGUCCUCUUAACAAAAAUGGUGGACUUUUAUGCUCAGUUUUUGACCUCAUGUUGUAGCUCAUAUAUACCACAAUUGAUGUAUAAAACAAAUUUAAAAUGAUCUUUUUUUGGUCUGAACACAAUUCUAAUAAAACGUAUGACAGACUUAAUUUACUUUGAAGAGUGAAAAAUGUCUUUUUGGAGAUAAAUGUCUAAGCCCUUCACCCAUGUGCUUCUAACCUUCACAGACUCCAUGAAUUGAUGCCCAUCUCCUAAAUAUUUGGUCACAUGAUAAAACAGGGGGUGGUUCAACUUACCCCACUCUCCCCUAAGUGUGUCUAACAGAUAGAAGUGUCUGGUUUUCUUGCAGCUUUGUGUGUUUUCGUUUGUGUGUUUCAUGCUCAAACUUGUCUCUGACUGUGUUCUCCUGCUUUUGCAGAUCCUGCAGAGGACCCUCCUGAUGAGGUGUCAGGAGGUGAAAACGGGGGCAGCAGCUCCAGCGAGAAGGAGCAGGACCCGGCCAGCUCCCCUGAAGGCUCCAAACCAAACUCCUGCUACACCCCGGACCCCCCAGAGACCCCCUCCCUGCCCGAGGAGAGCCGCUACAGCCUCCCCAAACCCACCAGCACCGAAAAGGAGCCAAAAACCGAGAGUCCUCAGAAGUUUCCCGUCAGCCCCUCUGAGCAGAGCGUGCUCAUAGAGGGCCUCGCGGGCUCCAUCAACCUGCCCUUCAGCCUCAGGGCGAACCGGCCCCCCUUGGAGGUCCUGAAGAAGAUCUUCCCCGCGCACAAGCCCCCCGUGCUGGAGCUCAUCCUGAGGGGCUGCGGAGGGGACCUAGUGGGGGCCAUCGAGGUCCUGCUGUCCAGCCGGAGUCCAGAUGGAUCCACGCACGCGCACACAGACCCUCACGCGGACGCCUUGGUGCUGCCUUCAAACGGACACCUGUUCGAGCACGCGCUGGGCUCCUACCACCCGGUUUCCUCUUCCGCUAAGUGGUCUGUGGGCUCAGCUUUCCGGGUCCCCGAGUCCCUACGCUUCACAUCCGACUCCGCCUCCGGGCCACUCGCUGUCCCCCUGCAGCACCCGUCCUUCCCUCAGCCCACGCGCUACCCGCUCAUGCUGCGCAACUCCCUCACGCGCAGCCAGGCCAGCCCGUUUGUGCACAACGACGUGACUCUGUGGAACACCAUGGCGCUGCAGCAGCAGUACCAGCUCCGAUCUGCAGCCCAGUACGUGUCCCCCUUCUCCCCCGCAGGCCCCGCGUCAGGCCCCGCGGGCUCCGUGUUCCGCAGCUCCCCUCUCCUUCCCUCCAGAGCCUCCGAGGAGCCGAGGAUCAGCAUCCAGGAGGAGAGCUGCACGCUGGGGCCUAAACCGGGCCUGUACUCCCCUGAGGAGGAGUACGAAGAGCGAUCCGACUCCGCAGACUCCCGCAUCCUCAGCUCCUCCAGCUAGACUUUAACGGACACCAAAAAUGUGUUAUUGUGAAAGGAGCCCCGGUGUGUAAGUGUGCUUUUUGUCGGUGUCUAGUUUGAAAUGUGUCGAUCAAUCACUCUGAUCAGCUGAUGUUGUUGAUCCUCCUCACAUCAGCUGUCAAGAUGUCACAUGACUCCAAACCAAAAGGGAUGAAUGCAGAGGACUGGCUUUGUUUUCAGAUGUGUCACCUGUGUGUCCUGUAAAGCAUGUUAAAAUACUGUGAACAUCAAUGCAUGAAGAGUAUGCCAAAUAAACCCAAAGUUUCCAAAAACA